CGCGCGCGACGGCCAGUGAGCGUGAGGGAGUGAUAAGCGGCCGGCUGUGAGUGUGUGUGGGAGUGAGUGUGUGUGUGGGAGGGUAGGGGUGAGGAGCCGCGAGGCUGUGAGAAAGUGAGCGAGUGUGCGAGGACGCCCGGCCCGGCCGCGGGAGCCGCAGAAGCCGGAGGAGAAAGCAGGCGGCUCCCGGCAUCCCGACCCCCUCCCCCUCCUCUCCUCCUCCGACUUCCAGUCUGCCCCGACGCCUGCGCUUCCCUCCGAGGCCCCAGCUGGCCGAGAGCGAGGGAGGAGCCGUCCGAGCCAGGUGCUGGAGUCUGCUUGGCAGGGAGGGGGGCAGUCUGUGAUUCUGAGAAAAGACCCAAGAAGGGGAACAGCAAAUUCUGUCAUACAGUCCUCCACUCAGUCAAGAGCCACUUUUCUCUUCCCACCUUUCUCCCUGCCCGGGUCAAGGAGCUGAGUAUCUAACCUGUAGACUAUUGAUUAUCAGCUAAAAUUCCACUUAUUUUCUAGUGGGUAGCUUCUUUCCUAAUGUUUCCUUAGAGUCCCGAUUGAAAGUAUUCACUUCAGUAGUAGGAUCAGGGAGUGGAGGGGAGAGGGACAAAUUAUCCCUUUUUUCUUUUGCCUUCUCAUUCAGUCCUCUUUUCCUCUCCAGAGGGAAAUCACCCCCAAAAUCUUAUAAAUCUUUUACCCCUUUUCAUCCAUAUCGUUGGGAAACCCCCUAAAGUGGAUAUUCUUAUUUCUUCUGACCAAAGAACACAAACCAAGCUCCAGGCAAUAGGUUGUUGAGGCAUAGGGAGAAACAUAUCUUUUAAAUAUACCCAUUUCCCCCUUUUCUCAGUUUGCAUUCACCUGGGAUUUGCACUAGAUUGAUUGCUCAAUACAUCUCCUUUCCCUAUGAGCUGAGAAGCUGAUCGAUCACGAACACAGGAGGGUACUGGGGAAAGGGGACAGAGCACAGUGAGUUGUUCCACGCUUUGGGAAGCAGGAGUAGAUUUUAUCAUCUUCCUCUGGGGAGCAGGCAUAGAGACCUAAACUGAGUGAAAAUGGGUGGAGGAAGAACUUCUAUACCCACGAACUUCAUGUGAAGAGUGAGAGAAAACCAAACAUAAAGUAAGGAGGAUAGAGUUCACAUUCCAGAGGAAAUAAUCCAGGAAAAGAAGGAAUAAGCAGAUCAAGAUGUGUAGCUCUGUGGCUGCCAAGUUGUGGUUUCUGACAGAUCGUCGCAUCAGAGAAGACUAUCCCCAAAAAGAAAUCUUACGAGCUCUGAAGGCCAGAUGUUGUGAGGAGGAACUGGACUUUAGGGCUGUGGUGAUGGAUGAGCUGGUGCUGACAAUUGAGCAGGGGAACCUGGGUCUACGGAUCAAUGGAGAACUAAUUACUGCCUACCCCCAGGUGGUAGUAGUAAGAGUACCAACCCCUUGGGUGCAAAGUGAUAGUGACAUCACCGUUUUGCGUCAUCUAGAGAAGAUGGGAUGUAGGUUGAUGAACCGACCUCAAGCCAUCCUAAACUGUGUUAAUAAGUUUUGGACAUUUCAGGAGUUGGCUGGCCAUGGUGUUCCUCUGCCAGAUACUUUCUCUUAUGGUGGCCAUGAAAAUUUUGCUAAAAUGAUUGAUGAAGCAGAAGUACUAGAGUUCCCAAUGGUAGUGAAGAACACACGAGGCCAUAGAGGCAAAGCUGUUUUCUUGGCUCGAGAUAAGCAUCAUUUGGCUGAUCUAAGCCAUCUCAUUCGUCAUGAAGCUCCAUACCUGUUCCAGAAGUAUGUUAAAGAGUCUCAUGGACGGGAUGUACGUGUCAUUGUUGUGGGAGGCCGUGUGGUUGGCACCAUGUUGCGUUGUUCAACAGAUGGAAGGAUGCAAAGCAACUGCUCACUAGGUGGUGUGGGUAUGAUGUGCUCGUUGAGUGAACAGGGGAAACAGCUAGCUAUCCAGGUGUCUAAUAUCCUGGGAAUGGAUGUGUGUGGCAUUGACCUGUUGAUGAAAGAUGACGGCUCCUUCUGUGUCUGCGAGGCCAAUGCAAAUGUAGGUUUCAUCGCCUUUGAUAAGGCUUGUAAUCUAGAUGUAGCUGGUAUCAUAGCGGACUAUGCCGCCUCCCUUCUGCCCUCUGGCCGGCUCACCCGGCGUAUGUCCCUGCUCUCCGUGGUGUCCACAGCCAGUGAGACUAGUGAGCCGGAGCUUGGUCCCCCAGCCAGCACUGCUGUCGACAACAUGAGCGCAAGUUCCAGCUCUGUCGACAGCGACCCUGAAAGCACGGAGCGGGAGCUGCCCACCAAGCUCCCAGGGGGCCUGUUCAACAUGAACCAGCUGCUAGCCAAUGAAAUCAAACUCCUGGUGGAGUGACUCCACCGAUAAAUUAACCAACAAAACCCUUGUAAAACUUACGUUCUUUUUCUUUCUUUCUUUAUUUUAACCAACUUGCAAUGCUGUUCAUGAAAAAUGCUCAGGAACAUGAGAGAAAAUUGAGUGGGAUUAGUUAGCAGAGAAGGGGGAGAUAGAUAAGACCUCUGCUAUUAAAAUGUUACUGACUUUCUUUUAUAAAUCCUACAGAUCUAGAGGCAGAAAAGGUAGGAUAUAGAAAAAUGUCAUGCUUUUGUAGUUACCCUUUUAAAUUACUCAAAAAUUUGUAUGUUCAUGGACCAUGAGGAACAUAUAAGUUUUUUUCAUAGUCCCUUUUGUUUUUGUACAGUAUAAAUUUCAGAGUAGCAUAAUUUCACAUUGUGUCGCAAAGAUUUCUAAUAGGUGAAAUAAGCUGCCUAAAUUACAGGAAUUUUUUUGUAUAAAUCUGAAACUUCUGGUAUUUCUGUAUUAACUAGCAGCUUUAUGUUCAUAGUUGUUUAUAAAAUUUUGAGGGGCUCUUUUAUUGGGAUUUUUUCCCCCUUGGGUGGGAGGGCAAAGUGAAUAUGUCCUAAUAAAGGCUUUUUAAUGACAAAAUUGGCAUGUUUUUGCAUGAUGAGAGGGGAAUGAACAGUAUUGCAAUGUCUGGUAUACAAAGUAACAUUUAUUCCAAUGUAGAUAAAAUUACACUAGUUUAAAAUAUGUCAUUGACUUGUAUUUGUUAGUGUUUUAGUCUUUUUGAAAGAUAUAUGCUCUGUUAAUGUUUUUUUUUUUCUUUUUUAAUACAUGCUAGUCUAACAUUCCUUGCUCUAUGCCUGCAUUUUUAACAAUGGCCAAAGUGAAGAAAAUGAUUCCUUUUUUGUUAACAAGACACUGACUCGAAACAUGUGCAUUUAAAGCCUUUUAUUUUUUCCUUUUUCUGUUGGUGGUUGGGCAUUUAAAGAUAAGAACAAGGGAAAAGAUUGUGGGGGGAGGUGAAGGGACAAAUCAAGGGCCUAUAAGUAUAAAGCCGAAGUAAUUUCUAAUGUCAGCAUUAUAUAUUUGCAUUUUUCACAUUUUAGGAGGGAGUAUAUAUAUGUGUGUGUGCAUGCAUGCAUGUGUAUGUGUUUUGCUUUUUGUUUACACCAACCAAUCAAAAUGUUAGAUCCUAGAAAAUGGAGCAUGAUGGGAAACACACUUUUUGAGUUUGAAAAAACAGAUGAGUUUUAACAAGAUUCCACAGUGGGUAGAGGAACCCACCAGAAGACAAAAGGAGGAGGGAGUUGAUGCUUCCUAGACCUUUUUUGUGUAUAUGUAUGUUGUUUGGUUUUUUUUUUUCCUUCGGUUCUAGACUGUUCAGUGUAUGAUUUUUUUUCAAGGCUCCAUGCUUUUCUUCAACACUUCUCUUUUUACUCAUAGGAUUUAGGGUGGGUUGAGCUGGACGAUUUUUGUUGGGGACUUAUUUAGUGUUAUUGAUUCUCUUACAGCCGUACUCUUAAGCCUUCAGUAUUCUCCACUGUUUAAUCCUUUACUUUCUGAAUUUAUAAAAUCCUCCCAAACUGCAUAUAAUAUGAGCCUUUAAAACAUGGAUAAAACUAUUCCAGUAAUGGGUUUGGAAGGUGUGUUAGAAAUGGAGACUCUGCAGUGCUCAGUGUAAUUUUUUAAACAGCAAGUUUCAUCUCCCUGAAAUCCUCUGAAGCUUUUACCCAAGCCCUUUCUUGCGUCUCCAGUGCUGUUUUCCUUCAGAUGGACCUUAAACUUAAUUUCUUGGACACUACUAGAGAGACUUCAAGGCAAUGAUAAAAGAUCAGUAUUAAACAGCUCUAACAAAAGGUUUGAUCAUGCUUGUACAGUUUUCCCCCAUUUUAAAAAAGAAUGUAAUAAAAUUUGUUUUUUUUUUUCAUAGAAUUAAAUAAUAUUACAAUUGAGUGAAAGGUUGAUUGUUGAUGAAUAGAAUAGUACCUCUGAUUUGUGCAGUGUUUCAUUUCACCUCAGAAAAAGGUACAUAAGUUUCUCAUUUAUAUUAGGAUAAUCUAAUUACACCUAAAAUUUGACUUGAGCAGGGUUACUGGGGAAUUCACACACAUAUAUAAGUACCUCUGGCUCAUUAACAGAAAGAAAUACUUGGUACUUCUUUCACUGCAUGACCAUUAUUUGGGGGUAUUCAUAUUAUUUGGUAUAGAGAAAUAAGGGAAAGUGAAAUCGUCAUUCAUAUGUUUCUGUAGGGACGAUCUGGUUACCAUUUAUGUUACAAUACAUACACUUUUAAUAGUUAUAUCACACGUAUGUAGGUCAAUGCAUUUUACAUACAAAGAGAACAACCUCUGAUGAAAAUCUCAAGGUUUGUGUUGGUGUGGGGUAAAGGACUAGAAAAAAUGUAGUUUGUCAUUUUUAACCCCCACCGAAUUAACAAACUUGAUUGUAAGAAAUACCCGAAAUUAUUUUACCUUUAGUUUACUGACCAUUUAUCCAUCUUUUUUCUAUUCACACUAUAGUAGAACAUAGCUUUAUCAACCUGUUUAUGGAUUGUACACUCACAUGUUAGAAUGAAAAGGGCAGUAGUAGUCAUCUUAGACUUUAAAAAUAUGGAUAUCUUCUUGCAUUCCCUCAACAAUUAAGGUAAAGAAUAACAACACAUCAUUCUGGAAAAACCCAGUGAAACAGCAGCAGAUAAUUUAAGUGAAAGUUAACUUUAUUUUCAAAUUGUUUAAUAACUUUUGUAUAAUCUUCAUCACUAUUUUGAAAGGUAAAAAUGUACUUAUCAGACAUGUAUAAUCAUUAUACCAAAAUCGGAAUGUUGUAAAAUUUUUGUGUAUUAAAAUUGUAAUUGUAAAUUGUAUUUUAAAAAUAAUUCUUACUGAUAUUGUUUUUGUGUCACCUGUGAUAAAAACUGGUUUCAUAUAUAUAUAUAUGUAUAUGUGUAUAUAUACAUAUAAGUAUGAACUAUUCCAUUUAAAAUUUUAAAGUUUUUUUUUUUUCUUUUUUGAUGCCUAUAAUUGAUCAUUUCUACUGGCUUUUUCUCCACUGAACUCUGAAAUCUUUCUGUAUGUACUAUCAAUAAGAAACUUCCUUGGAACAUUAGAAAAAAAAAAUCCAACAAGAGACUCGCUGACAUCAAGCACUUUAUCAGACUGAGAA